AUGGGCUUCCUUUCACGCCCCCGGCUGGUGUAUCUUUUAUUUUUCCUGUGCUUCCUCAUUGCUCAGACCGCAGGACAGAACUGUAGCAAAGAGAACCCCUGUGCAACUGGAUGCUGUUCGAAGCAUGGUUACUGCGGCACUGGUGAUGAGUUCUGUGGUGCAGACUGUGUUGAUACCUGCAACUACAAGCUGGGUUGUGAUGCCAACAAUCCAUGUGCACAAGGCUGUUGUAACAAAUUUGGAUUCUGUGGACUUGGACCAGAGUUUGGAUACUAUGAGACUUGGAGCACUCGGCGUCGAUGCAAACAGUUCUGGCCGGAGCAAAUUCCUUUGGGAGUUUAUACCCAUAUUAAUGUGGCCUUUGCAGUCAUUGACCCAGAUACAUUCGAGGUUCGACCUUCUUUGACUGCAGACAUUGAGCUUUUCAAGCGAGUCGCCCGUCUCAAGCAAGAAGAUCCUGAUCUCAAAGUGUAUAUCGCUAUUGGAGGUUGGAGCUAUAAUGACCCUGGCCCAACUGCAACGACAUUUUCUGACCUAGCCGCAUCGACAUCUAAUCAAAACAAGUUCUUCAAUUCUCUCACAAAGUUCAUGUCCACAUAUGACUUGGAUGGCGUAGACAUCGACUGGGAAUAUCCAGCAGCGGACGAUCGAAGUGGUCGUCCAGAAGACUUUGACAACUUCCCCAAGUUCUUAAAGAAUCUCAAAGCGGCACUCAAAAGAACUGGUGGUCGAGAUGGUCUUAGUAUAACUCUGCCUGCCUCUUUCUGGUACUUGCAACACUUUGACAUCGGAAAUAUGAAGAAAAGUGUGGACUUCUUCAAUAUCAUGACCUACGAUCUUCAUGGAACUUGGGACAAAGGAAACAAAUGGACUGGUGAAUUCCUCGACGCGCAUACCAAUCUCACUGAGAUUAAAGCUUCUCUGGAUCUACUAUGGCGAAACAAUAUUCCACCGGAUCAGGUAGUUCUUGGAAUAGCAUUUUACGGCAGAGCAUAUACGAUUGCAGACCCAUCAUGUACUAAGCCUGGCUGCCUUUUUGCAUCCGGGGCGGAGGCUGGAGACUGCAGUCAUGAGGUUGGGAUUCUGAUGAACUCCGAGAUUGACGAGGUUAUCGCGGGAAAACGCCCCAGAAUCACAUACGAUAAAGAUGCUGCAGUGAAGAUGAUCACAUGGGACGAUAAUCAAUGGGUAUCCUAUGAUGAUAUCGACACCUUCAAGCUCAAAGCCGACUUUGCCCGAGGGAAAUGCUUAGGAGGCCUUAUGGUAUGGGCAGUAAGCCAUGACCAUACCAAUGGGACUUACUCCCUUGCCCUGGGAGAAGCAGCCCAACGCAAGUUUAAAGCUCUGCCCGACACAAUCAAAACAGACGACACAAUCAAAAUCAAACAUGAUCAGUGCAAAUGGACAAACUGUGGAGACCUCUGCCCAGAUGGAUGGGUUCUGCUCCGCCGUCAUGACGAUGAUAGACAUCAUGAUGGUGAGUGGAUGCUUGAUGAUGGAGGCUGUAUCUUCAAAAAUCAGGACCAUCGUCUGUGCUGCCCUCCUGAUCAAGAUGCUCCGACUUGCGGCUGGUACACUUUCAACAACGGUGACUGUGAAGGCAAGUGUCCAGAUGGUAGUUUUGAACUUGGCGGAACCAACCGUGGAUGUUCAACUGCAUUUGGUAAUUACCAAGCUGCCUGCUGUACGAGUGGUCAAAAGAGUACUGCGCUCUAUGAGAAAUGCGAAUGGGCUGCUUCAUUCGAAUGCGAUUCAUGGAAAUGCCCAGCAGAAAAGACCGAUGUUCUCCUCAAGUCAUGCAAUGGCAAUGGAGGAUCGGCUUGCGGUGGCGACUGGAGAACCAACCUGAAUGAGGAGCGCAAAUAUUGCUGUGACAGCUCUGAUGAAAACAUGACUUUCGACGACUGCGAGUGGCUUGACGACUAUAGCGAAACAGGAUACCAAGUCAUUCCUGCCGAUGGUGGUAGUGGAAGUGGUGGGAGUGGCUACUGCUUCUCAAGCUGUCCCAAGGACAAAGUACGAGUAGCUAUGGAGCACUACAAUACUUGUAACAAAAAGACUGGCUCCCGUGCAAAGUGCUGUUCUCCCAACUACACCACGACCCAAAAAAAGGUAGACCCUAUGGUGGAGCUUUGGACGGCUGAUCUUAAAGACUGGUUGAAAAAUCCUACAUGCUCUACCGGCUAUGGGUACGGCUACGAUGAUACCUUUGGUGUAGGCUACGACAAAAGAGGCUUCACAGACAUGUUGCCUAUAGAAUAUGCACCUCGGUAUGCCGGCACCUCGGGAAUAUCUUUGGAGAAACGUCAAGAUCAACAAUCAUUCUUCACAAGCAAUUCCAUUCUAAUUGUUGCGACUGAUAUCAUCUACACCUAUCGCAUGACGAGCAGGACAAACAAAGCCGUCAAGGAAAUCAAGGUGUGGAACGACGUAAUUGCCGCUCGGUACACUUAUCUAGCGACUUCCACCCUUAUACCAUUUUUGAGAGAUGUUACAGGUGAACUGUUUUCUGUAAUUGCAGAGGAUCUUGCAGGUCGCAUCAUUUGCAACCUAGAGUACUGGAACCGGAUGAUCAAGGAUUGUACAGCUCCCAGUACUUUAGAUGAAGUCUGCGCUAUCAGCGAUCUUGACGGUUUUGAUGAUGAAUACUCGAUUGACCCCGAUACCUACGGAACGAAUAGUGCAUCAACCAAACGAGCUCUUCACAGUCUGGACAAACGUGAUGGAGCUCCCCGGGAUUUCACCGUUGAUUGCGGUACUGACCCAAUUACUGGACAGCAGCGAAUCAUGAUUAUUACAUCAGUGGCCUAUCCAAAUGGUGGCAAUGGUGACAACCUUGCAAAUGCCAAUGGACUAACAGUGCGAUUUGCGGUCGCAAAUCAACGUGUAUGCACUGAUACCUCUAUUGAUCCUAACGCGCCCAACAAUCUUUGGACGUGGGUCACUGAGCAUAUUUUCGAGCUUCAAUUGAUUCCUCGCUCAAUUGAAUUUAUGGUUACUGGAACUUUACCUGCUGUGCAGGGCUUGCCAGACUUCAGCACUGGGAGCAAACGUAUGCCCUGGGACAUUGCACAACUACUGAAUCAGGAUUAUUCGACAUGGGCCAGCGGUCACACCACAGCAACUGGAACUCCAAUUAUUCGGAUAUUUAACAGUCUAGGCUCAAAGAUUAACCCCGCUCGAUUAGUUAAUACUGAAACUCACUUGAACUCGAUGAAAGGAAGGUUACGGAAGCAGCCGCUUGGUGAUGAUACUUGGAGGAAUCUAAACGUGGCAGAUGAGAGAGCUGGACGGGCUGGGAUGAAUGAAAUACGAAUGCAGCUUGUUAACCGUCACCUUGUUGACACAUAUGGCGCGGCUAUUUACGAAUUGGGUGUGUUCCAGAAAGCAGUCAACAGUGUUUUCGGGCAAAGAGACUUCAGUGCGCCUAAUCUGUUCAGAACUUUCAUGAUAAAUUUCAUGCGACGAAUGGCUCAGUGGGCCUCCAAUUGGCUUAAUUCGCGUAUUGAUGAGCUAUUUGUCACAUGGCAAGCGGUGCAAAAUGCAGCUACCCCGGGAUCGCACGCAUAUCAGGUCGCAACAACCUACAUGGCUGAUCUGAUGGAGUUCAGAGAGUUGGUUCGACUAAGAGUGAUUUUUGACGAAUCAAUCUUCGUUUAUAUGCAGACACCAGGUAGCUAG